CAGGAGCAGCUGUCUGGAAGCUGGUCAUAUGAUGCGCCGUUUUCACUGCCUCUGCAAAAGCUGAGCAAGGGUUGAUUCAAAAGCGCUGUUAUUUUCACUGUCACUAAAAAAGAAGAUCGUUUUAAAACCAGUCAACAAGUAACAAGUAUAGUAGUAUAGAAGAGGAGGUUUUCUUCGUCUGGAAAAACAGGAACAAUGACUGCAGCAUUGCUGGAACAGUAUCGAGAGAGACUCCGGACUGAACUGGAUAGAGUCGUGGAUUUCUGGCUGAAAUAUUCCCACGACAAGGAACACGGUGGUUAUUUUAACUGUCUUGGAAAAGAUGGGAAGGUCUAUGAUGAGCUGAAAUAUGUGUGGUUACAAGGAAGACAGGUCUGGAUGUACAGCAGGCUGUAUCGUACAAUGGAAAGAUUUCACAGGCCUGAGAUUCUUGAAGCUGCUAAAUCAGGUGCUGCAUUUCUGCAAAAGUUUGCUCGAGUUCAGGCCUCUGGCGGCCCGGGGAAAUGUGCCUUCUGCCUGACGAGAGAUGGGCGAACAGUGAAGGUUCAAAGGACGAUAUUCAGCGAGUGUUUUUAUGUGAUGGCCAUGGAUGAGCUGUCCAGGAUAACACAAGACAAAGAGAUGCAGGCAGAUGCUGAGAGCAUGAUGGACCGGUUGAUAUUCUGGGUUCAGACUGAUUCGUCGGAUCUUGGUCGUCCUCAACUUCCUGGAGAUCCACCAAUCAACAGCAUGGCAGUUCCCAUGAUGCUCCUGUGCCUGGUAGAUCAGCUGACAGAGGGCAGAACUGAUGUUGCAGAAAAGUACAAAGACCUGAGCGGAUGGUGUGUGGAGCGGAUACUGCAGCAUAUACAGAGAGAUGGAAAAGCCAUUUUGGAAAAUGUCACAUUGAAUGGAAAGGAGCUUCCUGGCUGUCAAGGGCGGUUGCAGAACCCUGGUCACGCUCUGGAGGCUGGCUGGUUCCUGCUGCAGUACGCUCUGAAAAAAGGAGACGUGCACCUGCAGAAGACAGCAGUGGACAAGUUCAUGGAGAUCCCCUUCCACACCGGAUGGGACAAACAACAUGGCGGCCUUUUCUACUUCCUGGAUGUAGAUGGUCAUUGUCCGACUCAGUUAGAGUGGAAUAUGAAGUUGUGGUGGCCUCACUGUGAAGCUUUGAUCGCUUACCUGAUGGCUUACGGUCACAGCAGAGAGCCUGUGCUACUGGACCGGUUCAAGCAGAUCUACAACUACACCUUCACACAUUUUUCUGAUGAGGAACAUGGCGAAUGGUUUGGAUAUCUGAGUCGUCAGGGAGAGGUUGUGCUGGAUUUCAAAGGAGGACCCUUCAAAGGGUUUUUCCAUGUUCCUCGGUGUCUCUACAUGUGUGAGAAGCUUCUGGACAGUCUUCUUGAAAGGCAGGAUUCUUGAACUUGCACAGACAUUUUGCACUCCAUCACCCAGAUAUGACUGGAAGUGUAACUGACCAGUUUGCAUAAAAAUGCAAUUAUAAAAUUUUAAUCAUACAGUUUUAACUACUAUCACAGUAUUACUGUUAGAUUUAUAUUACGGGUUCACAUUCAUCAUUUUAUUAAUUUUUAAGCCAUUCAUCCAACAUUUAAAUGAAAAAGGGACCACAGUUUUGAUUUAAUUAUUCCUAGCGGUGGCCAGUACUGUCCUCGCUAGCUGAUUGUCUUGCUAAGGUUUUCUUGAUAUGAAAAGUUUUUAUUCAACUAUAUGAGUUUAUAAACGUUCUUAAACUUGAAACCACUCCUCUGAUGAUGACUGUGCUCUUUUGGGCCAUCUAUUACAUUUCUUUUAGAAUUUUGCAUACAUUAUAAAACGCAUGUAAAGACAUUCCAAAUGUGCUGAAUAAAUGUUGACAUGUCUACUGAA